UCUUUCCGUAUAUGUAAAUAAAAAAAAACUUCCACUUUCUCUCUGUGAAAGUCCCUCCCUCCCUCCAUUAAAAACACUCACUAGACACAGAGAGAAACACACGCACACACAUAAGAAAGGUAAGAACUUGGAAGCAUGGCAGGAGGAGAUAUAGAAAGAGGAGUGAAGAGCAGAACAAAUGACAAUUACACAUCAUCUUCCUCGUAUUUGAUAGAAGAUAGAGAGACCCAAUGGACGUCGUGGCUUGUGCCUAUGUUUGUGGUGGCGAAUGUUGCUGUCUUUAUCGUUGUCAUGUUCAUCAAUAAUUGCCCUGACCAUUUUCAUUCUCGGUUUGAAGGGAAUUGCGUUGCAAGAUUUCUUGGGAGGUUCUCUUUCGAGCCUCUAAGGGACAAUCCUCUCUUUGGUCCCUCUUCCGCUACAUUGGAGAAAUUGGGGGCUCUUCAGUGGCAAAAAAUUGUACAUGAGCACCAGGGAUGGAGGCUUGUCACAUGUGCCUGGCUGCAUGCCGGUGUUAUUCAUCUUCUUUCAAACAUGCUCUGCUUGAUCUUCAUUGGCGUUCGCCUUGAGCAGCAAUUUGGUUUUGUGCGCAUUUGUGUUAUUUAUCUGUUGUCUGGAUUUGCUGGGAGUGUGCUUUCCGCUCUAUUUAUUAGAAACAGCAUCUCUGUCGGUGCAUCUGGUGCCCUUUUCGGGCUUCUUGGAGCAAUGCUUUCAGAACUAAUUACAAACUGGACUAUUUAUUCUAACAAGGCUGCAGCUUUGCUUACGCUUCUUGUCAUCAUAGCCAUCAACCUCGCAAUUGGAAUUCUGCCGCAUGUUGAUAAUUACGCCCACAUCGGUGGAUUUCUGGCGGGGUUUCUCCUCGGAUUUGUUUUACUGCCUCGUCCUCAAUAUGGGUGGUUAGAGGGUCAAAACCUCCCUACCAGUGUAGGUGUCAAAUCCAAGUACAAGGCGUACCAAUAUUUGUUGUGGGUGGUUUCUUUGGUUCUCCUAAUUGUAGGAUUUACAGUUGCUUUAGUGAUGCUGUUCCGAGGAGAGAAUGGGAAUGAUCACUGUCAUUGGUGUCAUUACUUGAGCUGCGUACCCACCUCAAGAUGGAGCUGUGAUGAAAACCAGACCUAGGAGGGAAACAAACUCCAUUAUUUCUGUGGUGUCAAAUUCCUGUGUGUAAAUGCUUACAAGUAGCUUAGGAAACGACGGGUUAAACAAUGAAAACUCUUCUUCUAGUUGUCUUUAUAUGUGAUUCUUGGCUAUUCAAACACAAAAUACUGAUACGCAAAUCAAUAUAAAACAAGCCGUUUUGCAUAGUGUAA